AUGGAUAAACCAUUACGAGCUUGGACUGCUCAAACAUGCCAUUCCUUCAUCAACUUUCUCGAACCCUCAUCUUUGUUUUACAUUGCACUGCUGUCUUCUCUAGCUGCUACUAUGAUCCUAUGGUAUGGCUUCUCUCCUAUCCUCGUCUCAAUCCCAGUCCUGCUUCUCUCCACCAUCUUCAUUUCAUCAAUAUUCUCAAAGAGGAAAGUUGUCACUGCUGCUGCUGAGUUGUGUGUGGCAGAGAAGACUGACAAUGAAGCUUGUGAGUUGCAUGAGUAUCAAGUGGAUUCGACGGAGUUCCCAUCAGAUGAUGAAAGCAGUAGCGAUGACUCUUUAAGGAGUGAGAUUUUUGAACUCAAAUGGAUGAAGCCCUUCAACAACAAUGUUGGUCAAAGCUUAGCAUUCUGUGAAAGCUCUGCUUCUGAUUACGAUGAACUGGAAGAUGAUGAUGAUCUCAUUGAGAUAAGUCUUCCUCCAAAUGAGAGCUCUGUUUAUGUCGAUGAAGUGUCAUCCAUAGGAAUGCUGUCGUGGGAAGAAGAAGAAGAAGAAGAAGAAGAAGAAGGGAUGAUGGAGGUGGUGGAAGAGAUUGAUGAGGUGAAUGAAGAAGAUAACUUGAUUGAGAUUGACCUCUCAAUUGGGUCCAUAAAGUUUCCCAGCUUUGACAUGGAAGGCUGA